GAGAACAAAGUCAUCUUCAUUUAUUUCUCUUUCCAAUCACAGGUAAAAUAAGUCACAAAAUCUUUUAUUUUAUUACAAUGCCAUUGUUCUGUUUUUGAAGUCCUGGAAGAGGUAAUAACAGAACCCCGGAACUCAGCCACUUCGCCCAGGUUAGACCCCUACUCAGCAACUCCAGUGCUGAGGACAGGAGACCGAGCGCCGUGGGCCCCCGGCCAGAACCGGCAAGACGCUCUCGCGAGAGUCUUCCAACCGCCGUGAGCUCUCGUGAGCACUAGUUCUCUUCUAUCUCAGCGCCCCCACAGGUCAGCACCUCCCCGCCGGCUCCCUCCGCUACCGCGGGCCGGAACUUUUGUCGAUAGGAACGGGUUUGCACAGUUGAGUGUUGUCGGCCGGCGUGAAGGAGACUAGGGGGCCAUCCUCUUCCUUUCGCCGUCGCCGCCGCGGAGCGGAGUCGAGCCGAGCUGAUUUGAUCGAGGAGCGCGGUUACCGGACGGGCUGGGUCUAUGGUCGCUCCGCGGGCCGCUCCGCCGGCUGGUGCUUUUUUAUCAGGGCAAGCUGUGUUCCAUGGCAGGGAACUUUUGGCAGAGCUCCCACUAUUUGCAAUGGAUUUUGGAUAAACAAGAUCUGUUGAAGGAGCGCCAAAAGGAUUUAAAGUUUCUCUCAGAGGAAGAAUAUUGGAAGUUACAAAUAUUUUUUACAAAUGUUAUCCAAGCAUUAGGUGAACAUCUUAAAUUAAGACAACAAGUUAUUGCCACUGCUACGGUAUAUUUCAAGAGAUUCUAUGCCAGGUAUUCUCUGAAAAGUAUAGAUCCUGUAUUAAUGGCUCCUACAUGUGUGUUUUUGGCAUCCAAAGUAGAGGAAUUUGGAGUAGUUUCAAAUACAAGAUUGAUUGCUGCUGCUACUUCUGUAUUAAAAACUAGAUUUUCAUAUGCCUUUCCAAAGGAAUUUCCUUAUAGGAUGAAUCAUAUAUUAGAAUGUGAAUUCUAUCUUUUAGAACUAAUGGAUUGUUGCUUGAUAGUGUAUCAUCCUUAUAGACCUUUGCUCCAGUAUGUGCAGGACAUGGGCCAAGAAGACAUGUUGCUUCCCCUUGCAUGGAGGAUAGUGAAUGAUACCUACAGAACGGAUCUUUGCCUACUGUAUCCUCCUUUCAUGAUAGCUUUAGCUUGCCUACAUGUAGCCUGUGUUGUACAGCAGAAAGACGCCAGGCAAUGGUUUGCUGAGCUUUCUGUGGAUAUGGAAAAGAUUUUGGAAAUAAUCAGGGUUAUUUUAAAACUAUAUGAGCAGUGGAAGAAUUUCGAUGAGAGAAAAGAGAUGGCAACCAUUCUUAGUAAGAUGCCGAAACCAAAACCACCUCCAAACAGAAAUUCCCUGAGUGAUUCUCCACUAGUGGCAGGGCCUGAAGCUGCAAGAUGAUGGUGGACAAGAUAAGGCAAUAAUCCUAUUGCCAAAGUUACUGUGAAGGAGAGCAGGGUCCAAAUGGAAGUCAGAACUCUAGCUACAGCCAAUCUUAAAACAUUCCGAAGAAUUCCGUAGUGGACCACUUGGAAAUAAACCAUUGGACAGAUUUCAGUAAUGUCUUCAGUGGAACACAAAUGAAAAUGAAUAGCUUGUUUCUGUCAAGCAUAUUGGAAAGUGAUUUUAUUUUUGCAAAAUAAGUUUUUCUUUAAUAUGAUUCUAGUACAUAAUUGAUUAAAAUCUCUUGAUUAUAAAUGUUUGGAAAGGUUCUAAGGGGACCUACAGACAGACAUACAUAGACAUUUCAAAAUUAAUAGCUUUUGAUUAGUAUAAUAUUUCUUAAUUUGGAUAAUAAAAAUUGUAGCUUUUUAUUAAGCCAGGAAACAUGAAGCAUAAUUUGUUUAAAAUUCUCUUUGGUCGUUGAGGGACCAAAAAAGGACGUAAAAUUUACAGUCAAUAUAUGAGGGUUUUUUUCCCUCCAUAAGUUUAACUUUAAAACUGUAUUUAAGGAAUCAAAUCUUACAAAAUCCUGGAAGAUUUUGGUAAUGAUGUUGAUAAUUUCAGGGAAAUUAAUCAAGUACCUAUAUUGAUUUAAAAGUAUAUUUUACUCAAUAGUUUGAGGAUCUUGCCAUGGAAGAUACUAGCCCAGCCUAGCAGAAAAGUGCAAUAUGUAUAGCAUACUUUGACAUUUUAAACGUUAUAGUCCAUAACCAUUUUGAAAUGCUGGGCAAACUACAUGAAGUUAUUUAUAAUUAAGUCACAGCUAAUCAGGCAUUUUGAAAGCUUAAUUGGAUUCAAAACCCAUAAUGUUGGAAUUUGGUAAAAUUUUAACGUUGAUUUUUACUGUGAAAAGUUUUUUAUAAGAUAUACACACCCUAGUUUAAUGUUGUGUCUUGGUGUGGAUUUACAAAUUUACUACAGGUAUUCUGAACCAGGAACACAAUCAGGUUUCAGGCCAGUUUGAUACUGGCUAUCCUUAAUUCUAAUACGAGAGUAGGACAUCAUACUAAAUGUUAUGUCAGUGGGACUGUACUGUCUGUGGAACUUAGCAAAUUAAUCAUUUUCUUCAGACUUGAAGGAGAGUAAGAAAUAAAAUUUGGAGUCAUAGGAUAUUGAUGUACAAUUUAAGGAUUAAACAUUUUUAAUCAAUUGUGGAUGAUGGCUUAUUAAAUUAAAUGUUGACUUCCUAGUAUAAAACUGCAAGAAUAAAAGUAACUUCCUCAGCUGUA